GAUACAUAUGGGAAACAGUAUGCAAGCCGACCAUCAAAACGUACAUUAAUUAAAGGCAACUCAAGCAAUGCUGGGAAGUGCAAUAAUAAACAGUCAACAACAUGUUGGACUGCAGAAACUUUCAGCUCUGGCAGGUAUGUCACAUUCGUCUCUGGGCCCCAAUAAAAAGUACAAGUUUAUCCACGAUGACACGAGUGGGGAGUCGGCUCUUGUGUGCUCGUGUUUUCGCAUCAUUCAGAACUUGGAACCUACUUGCGCUGUGGGUCAGUUGGUUUAUGAGACUGUUCAUACCCAGCAGAAGGUCCACCACACAGGAUCUGGAUGCUUGCUGUUUCUUGCAGGAGCAUGGAGCCGUGCCUCUCUGGAUUGUAUACAUAGAGGGAUUUCCAUUACACACAUAAUUUCAGCUAUGUCUGAGGGGAUGGAUAUAUGUAUGGAUGUUUGCAGGAAAUUCUCUGUUUCCAUUCAGGAUCUUGCUGCAAUGCCACCAGAGAGACGUGGUGCAGCACCUGAUGGUUUAGGACGUCAGAUGUCAAAGACACCCAGCACUGAGGCCUGUGCUUCGUUCUGCAGCUUGCAAGAGAGAGUAAAAUUUGAUCACAAGACUCUAGGCAUCAGUGGACUGAGAAAAAUAAAGCUCAGCAGACAUUUUUGUGAAGCCAAGUCUGAAAUUGUCUCCCAGGUACAGCAGCCUCAUCCCCCUGAACUCUCUGACGUUGCACACAUUGCUGAAGCAUUGAGUCAUGGUUGUGAUAAAGUCAUGGAAUUAGCAGUUAAAGCCAUUCAAGCCCAGUCAGAUAAUAAUCAGCAAGAAAGCAGCUAUCCUAUGUUUGACAUUACAAAAGUGGUGACCUGUGUGCUUCCUGGUUUACCAGAAGAUAAUGCUUCUGUUGUUCAGGGCUUUGUUGUUCUUUUAUCUGAUGAACAGGCUUCAGUUGCUCAUCACUUAAAGGAACAGCCCCUGAAGGUUGCACUUAUUAAUGGAGAUUUAACACACACUUAUCGCCAUCUUGGCUUCAAAAGGCCAGCAGAUGUGCAACAUGUGAGGCACCAGCUAGAUGUGUCAAGUUCAAGCAAAGAAGAUGAAUGGGUAGAAAAGGUUAUGAAACUCCUUUUGAACCUGAAAGUUGACCUGAUUCUAAUCACCGGUCAUGCAUGCGAGAGCAUGAUUCAUCACUGUUAUAGACAUCGUAUACUCGUGGUGGAAAAAGUGAACUCUUCCGUUCUGAAGACGUUUGCUAAUUCAACAGAAGCUGUUACUGUGACUUAUGUCACACAACUGAGUGAGCACUGUAUUGGCUCCGGGGUGCAAGCAGCAAUAUGGAGGGACCUUUGCAGCUUUGAGAGAAAGUCUUCGACAGCUGUGAGAAUUUUCACUGGCAGGACCACUGGGCUGGUCACAGUGAUUCUCACAAGCUGCAUAUAUGGUAAGCUACAGGUGCUGGAGGACCAGUUCUGGGCCUGUGCUUAUCGUUUACACCACGCACUGAAAGAUGGAGCCGUCCUUCCUGGUGCUGGAAGGACAGAAAUGCUUUGUGUUCAUCACCUACAAAAGCAGGCAAAGUGUCACAGAGAGGACACCUACUCUGAUCAACAAACUAAAACCGGGAUGGCAGCUAACCUCUACAGAGAUGUCAUUUUGCAGCUAAUGGCAGAAGGUUUCAUAGAUUAUAUAACUACUGUAAUGGUUAACACUGGAAGGUUCUCAAAAGUCAAAGCCAGGACUGUUGUGAGCCAUCACCUGCAGAACUGUAAUGACCAUGAGGAUAUUGCAGCCAAGUUUUCACAACUUGUCCUGGAGAAUGAAAAAGAAGCAGUUGCAGUUUUCUCAGCAAUAAAACCAGAAGAAAACUCUGCAUUAAAUAUCUAUGAUAACCUGAGUGUAAAGCAGGAAGCAUGGAGGAAAGCCUUGGAUCUGGUUUUCUUGGUUUUACAGUCUGAUGCAGAGGUCAUCACAGGUGUGGGACUAAAAACUGAGGAGAAUCUUAUGCUGUUAUGACUUGAAAAACAUUAUGUAAAUAGAGAAACUAAUGAACUUUUUCUGGGUUUUGUUUGUUUUUUAAACAACAAAUGUAUUUGUUGUAUGAUUUCCCUCCCUGUCAGUGCAUGAUGAUUACUUGAAUGCUAUGUUACCAGUUUUCUACCACAAGGGGGAGACAUAUGCGCUGAUAGAGUUAUAGCUUGGAAUGAAAUAUUGAUAAAAAUGUGUCCUUCAGUGUAUUUUAAAUACAUUUUUUGUUGGUUCAAUAAAUUUUUCUGUUUGUAGUUUAAAAUAAAAUAAAGAUGGACUCACCUGACAUUAGUAAACCUUCUGUACACCUCGACAGAACUCAGCUUGACCUGGGAAGAUAACUAAUAAGUAUUGCAUCUCCAACUCCACAGUUGAAUGUGUCUUAUGGAGCAAGAAUGUUUUAUUUUCCUAGUAUGCCUCUACAACAUAGCUUCCUUGGACAAUGCCCAUUUUUUUUUUUUUUUUUUUUUUUUACUUUCUGUGUGAUAUGAAUAGUUGAUAAAGCAGGCAUGCCUCCAGAUCAUAAAUGUUUUUGGUUAGGCCUAAUUAGCUUCCAUCCUUUUAAAUAAACACUAAACUUAUGGAGGUCAUUGCAGUCAUCUGGAUUCUGGAAACUUCUUUGUUUCCAGUUCCUUUCUUGAUUAUUGAAAGGUCAUUCUGUAUGGUUAAAACUGCAUCAAUAAACAUAAAAUCUAGGUUUUCUGAGCAAUUUUGUGUGCUUUAAAAUGUUUAAUAGAAUGUAUAGUAGAACACUGUGUAUUUAACCCACUACACUAUGAAAGCUGAAACUUGGAAAAAAUGUGAGCUGAAAGUCAAACACAGUCUUGCUGUUAGCAAAACUUUCCUUUUGAGCAUGUUUUAUGUUAAAGGUGUCGGAUGCAAUCACAUGUGUGACCUUCCAUUUCCUCUGCCGAUGAUGAUGAUCGUAGCAUUCUAAAAAUAAUUCAUUGAAAUAAAAAGUGCUUCAAGGGUUUUACAGUUUUACAGUAGAGAAAUAACACACUUGACUCAAGCAUCACCAAUGAGGAGCAAUGAGGCGGAAGGGUGCAACAUAAACACUGAGCGGAAAAAGGAAUGGCACACAGUGGCACAUUUGAAAGGUCAUGCAGAGUCUAUUUUAACUGUUUACUCCUCGCUUCAUCUGCCUGAAUAAAGAUAAAGAUGGCCAUUUAAAAAAAUCCCCAUCUUUUGUACUAUUUAUACUGUAACUCA